AUGAUGGAGUCUCUUGAGGCGCGUUCACGCGGUGUCCAGGAACGAACGUUCUGCAGAUGGCUCAACACUAAACUAGAGUCCAAUGGACAUCCACCAAUGACAUCCCUUGUCAAGGAUCUAUCGGAUGGUGUGCGACUGAUUCAACUCAUGGAAAUCAUGGGCGAUACCUCUCUCGGAAGAUACAAUAAGGCUCCGAGAAUGCGCGUUCAGAAGGCUGAGAAUGUGAAUAAAGCAUUGGAGUUCAUCACGUCGCGAGGCGUAAAGCUCACCAACAUCGGCCCAGAAGAUAUCAUCGAUGGCAACCUAAAGCUCAUCCUUGGCAUGAUUUGGACUCUCAUCCUCCGCUUUACCAUCGCAGAGAUCAGCGAAGAAGGCCUCUCGGCAAAAGAGGGUCUCCUGCUCUGGUGUCAGCGCAAGACUGCCCCGUACAAGGAAGUCAACGUGCAAGAUUUCUCCCUCAGCUGGUCCGAUGGUCUGGCAUUAUGCGCUCUGAUUCAUUGCCAUCGGCCCGAUCUCAUUGAUUACGACAAGUUGGACAAGAAUGACCGACAUGGAAAUACCCGCCUCGCUUUCCAAGUAGCCACCGAUCAUCUAGGCAUUCCCCAACUUCUAGAAGUAGCCGAUUUGUGCGAUACUAAUCAUCCAGACGAGCGUAGCGUCAUGACCUACAUUGCUAGCUUCUUCCAUGCCUUCUCUUCCAUGGAUCAAGCCGUGAAUGAAUCGCGUCGAGUAGAGAAGUUCGCAGAGCUAAUGCAAUCAGUAUGGGUCAGCAAGAACGACUACGAGCGGCGUGUUCGAGCUCUACUAGCAGCGAUGUCCAACAUUCAAAUCCAAUGGUCUGUGAUCCAGUUCAUAGGCACGUACGCGGACGCGAAGGAGCACUCGAUGAACUUCAGCACCUACAAACAGCGCACGAAGCGCGCGUGGGUUACCGAGAAGCAGGACGUCGCGACGCUCUUCGGGAAUGUGCAGACGAAGCUGCGCACGUACAGGCUAAGGGAGUACGUUCCCCCGCCCGGUCUUGCCAUCGCGGAUUUGGACACGGAGUGGAACAUGCUACUGGCGUCGGAGGCGAAGCGGUCUCGCGCAAUUAAUGCGCAGAUACGACAAAUUAAGGAAUCGUUGCGUGUCAAAUACGCCGACCUCGCGAACAACUUUGAGCGACGCCUGCAUGCGUUUUCCUCUGAAUUGACAUCAGUCGAAGCGCCCCUUGAGGCGCAGCAAGAGCUGGUACACGAGCUAAACACUAGGAUGCCCGCGCUGUCGGUCGCGCUCGCUGAGGUGGCGGCAGCCGAAGACGAGUGCCGAGCGGCAAAUGUGGAUGAGAACGACUAUACCGUCUUUACGUGCCAGGACUUACAGUUCGAGCUCGAGCUCCUCGCACAGAGCGUGUCGAAAAAGAUCGCGUUUAUCGAUAAUCAGAUAGUCUCGCGUAACAUGACGAACUUGACUCCGGCGCAGCUCGAACAGUUCGAGAGCACAUUCCGGUACUUUGCCCGCGACGAAUCGAAUACGCUCAACCAAACGGAGAUAGUCAGCGCACUCGCCAGUCUGGGGAUCGUCUACUCGGACGAGGAUAUGGACAUUAUCUACGACCACCUCAUGCAAGACUACGGCGCAGUGACGUUCGAGGCGUUCAUCAAUCUCUUGGUCGAUAUCACGGAGGAUCAGACGUCGCCGGAGCAGCUGCGCGACGCCUUCCGGGGCAUCGCUGCGGAGAAGCCGUUCGUGACAGAGCUCGACCUGCGGAUCGCGCAACUGCCGACGAGCGCGAUUGAGUAUCUGCGCGAGGUCAUGCCGUCUGUCAGUGCGCAGAACGGUGCGGGGCAGCCUGAGUAUGAUUACGAGGCGUGGCUGGACCACGUUUUUGAGUGA